AUGGUUGUCUACAGUUUCUACAUUUUCGACCGGCACACGGAGUGCAUUUACCAGCGGCUCUGGAACCGUCAGGAAAGACCCCUUUCAGACUCCGGAACAGCAGCUCGCCCACUAUCAGAUGCGAAUGUAUCGAGUAACGGCGCGCCGCCUCCCGAUCUGGGGCCCGCGAGGGCGCGACCGUCGAGAUUAAGCGCCAAAGACGAUGCGAAGCUUAUAUUUGGAACUGUGUUCUCGUUGCGAAAUAUGGUUAGGAAGCUCGGAGGGCCAGAUGACAGCUUUAUUUCAUACCGGACAGGCCAAUACAAACUACAUUAUUACGAGACUCCGACGAGCAUAAAAUUCGUCAUGCUCACGGAUACGCAAAGCUUAAAUAUGAGAAAUGUGCUACAUCAGAUAUAUGUAAAUCUCUACGUGGAAUUCGUCGUCAAAAAUCCCUUGUCACCGGUAGAACAUCCAGGAGGCGAGGGAGUAGCGAAUGAACUCUUUGAGCUGGCCUUAGAUCAAUUCGUGAAAGGUGUUCUCUAG